UUUAACUCAAUUGGGUCGAUCGACUCUUUUUCCUGAUGAUUUUUUUGGCGUAAAUUUGCAUUGUUUACUGAAGACGAAAAGAUUCACACGGUCUGUGCUCCAUAUAUGUUCUCCAUCUCCCACCCCAUUCUCUCAAUUCUCCAAACUCUGAGUUCCGAAAAACUCCCUUUCCGUUCUCGACUUGUAUCCAUCGUUAUCUGCUCUGAUACCACUUGUCAGGACAGAAAACGAAAAAAAUCUCGCCCGAAGUUAGCGUAUUACAGAAAGUGGUGAAUACAUUUUCGAGGUUCAAUAUUUGAUAGAUGUGUAUACAUGAUUAGAUGAUGGGUUUGCCUAAGACAUCAAGUAUGAGAUCAAGUGGUGAAUAUUUGGAAGGAAUGUUGAGUGAAUAUGUUGGUGGGAAGCAACAAAACAAAGGGAGACCACAAAAGAGUGCAUCAGCAAGGCUAGUGACCAUCCUAACAUGUUUACAAUUUGCAUUUGCAAUCUAUGCCACAUUCCUCUUGUAUUACAUGAGCCCAGCUGUAGAUUUAGGCAACAAACCAGAUUUCUCAUGGGCUACCAAAAUCGCCACCCAAUGGAAAUCCUACCUCAUCCAACAACCCCACACUGUUAGUAAAUACCAACAAGAAACCUCAGCCAAUUCCUUCUCAUCAUUAGUCUUCAAUCCAGCCGAUGUCUGCGAGAAGGAAACCAUCAAUUUCGAGCAGAAGAAAUCGAACGACGCCGUGAUGAUCAAGCUGAAAACAGAGCUCUACAAAGAAGUACGCGAGUUUCAGGCCAAAUCGUUUGGAACAGAGUCGCUGACUGAAUUGAUGAGCAUGAAAUCCAAAUGGGAUUUAAAAGGUCCCAACAGGGCAAAAGUUACUGUCAUUUUAAACCAUUUCAAGAGGAAAACUCUCUGUGCCCAACUCGAUUCUUUGCUCCAUCAAACUCUCCCUUUUCAUCAUGUUUGGGUGCUUUCUUUUGGUAGCCCGAAUGAAGAAUCCUUAAGAAGAAUCACUCAGAGUUACAAUGAUUCCAGAAUCAGCUUCAUUUCUUCAAGCUAUGAUUUCAAGUACUAUGGCAGGUUCCAAAUGGCUUUGCAAACUGAGGCUGAUUUGGUGUACAUUCUUGAUGAUGACAUGAUUCCUGGGAGGAAAAUGCUGCAGAUUCUGUCGCACGUGGCCGGAACAGAGAAGUAUCAGAACUCUGUUCUGGGUAGCAUUGGCCGGAUUCUGCCGUUCCGGCAGAAGGAUUUCACUUUUCCGAGUUACAGGAAGUUCCGGUCGAAGGAAGCCGGGCUUUAUUUGCCCGACCCGGCUUAUGAUAUCAUUGUUGACAAGAUUGUUCAGGUGGAUUUUCUUUCCAGUUCUUGGUUUCUUUCUGCAGAACUUGUCAAGACACUUUUCAUUGAGACUCCUUUCACUUUCAUGACUGGUGAAGAUUUGCAUUUGAGUUAUCAGCUCCAGAAGUACAGAAAUGCAGGCUCAUUUGUGUUGCCAGUUGAUCCAAAUGACAAAGAAACCUGGGGAGAUAGUGAACACAGGCUGGCCCAAAUAUCCGAAACCACUGUGAUUUUCAAGGACAUUGUUCAGGUCAGAGAUGAUCAAUGGUGGAAGGCUCUCUCCACAGGUUACAUAACCCAAUGGGCUGCAAUGAACCCACAAAAGAUCGAUGCUUUAUUCUACGCUCACUCCAUUCAAGAAGUCAAAGCUCUGGCUCCUCUUCUUGAAAAAUUCAGAACCACUGUGGGGAAAAAAGCCUACAUUGUGGUUUCAGGAGGAAAUUUCUGCCCUUGUGAAGAUGCGGCCGGCGCAUUGGGCUGGCCUAAGAAUGUAUGCAGAGAUAGGAGGUUCAAGAUUUUUGAUCUGGGAAUCGGCGCAUUGUCCGGAAUUUCUAGGUCAGAGGUGCCGGUUGUGCAAGCGAUUUUCGCUAGCAUGAAAGGGCUGAUCAAGAUGCAUAAUCCUAGUGUUUUGAUCACUGUGGAUAAUGUUGAUGCUAAUGUGAGGAAAGCUUUGAAAAUGGCUGCUGAAUCUAACCAAAACACCACCACUUUGGUUGUUCUUCCCAAGUUGUCUGUCCCUAAGGCUCUCUGGAUGGCUGAUCUUAGGUCCACUGCCCUGCCAAAUUGGAACAGGAUGAGGCUCUCUGUAAACAUCAUUACUCAAAACCGCGCAACUUCAUUGGCAAGGCUUCUCAAAUCCCUCAAAGAUGCCUACUAUUUGGGAGAUGAAGUUCCAAUCACCUUUAACAUGGACAGCAGAGUAGAUGAACCAACAAUAAAGAUGGUAAGCUCUUUCGAUUGGCCACACGGACCCAAAAUUCUUCGCAGAAGAAUCAUUCAAGGAGGCCUAAUUCGAGCAGUUAGCGAGAGUUGGUACCCAGCAUCAGACGAUGAUUUUGGCCUAUUACUUGAAGAUGACAUUGAAGUCUCGCCGUACUAUUAUCUCUGGAUCAAAUAUGCUGUCUUGUCUUACCAUUACGACCCUCAAGUUUCCCUCCCUGAGCUCCAAUCAAUCUCUCUUUACACUCCAAGAUUAGUGGAAGUGGUGAAAGAAAGGCCUAAAUGGAAUGCAACAGAGUUCUUCAAGAGAAUUCACCCGAACACGCCUUAUCUCCAUCAAUUGCCCUGUAGUUGGGGAGCUGUUUUCUUCCCAAAACAUUGGCGCGAAUUCUAUGUCUACAUGAACAUGAGAUUCACAGAAGAUGCUAAGCAGAACCCGGUUCAGAUUCCCAAGUCAAGAACAAAUGGAUGGCAGGCUUCCUGGAAGAAAUUCUUGAUUGACAUGAUGUACCUAAGAGGGUAUGUGAGCCUGUAUCCUAACUUCCCGAAUCAGAUGAGUUUUUCGACGAAUCAUAUGGAACCGGGAGCUCAUAUCAGCGCAAAAGACAACGUUGUACGCCACGAUAAGUCCGAUUUUGAGGUGCCAUUGUUGAAGGAAGAUUUCAGGAACUUCCUGCCUAGUGGGAAACUGCCACCAGCUUCAAAGCUGCCAUCAAUAAAUCUCUUCAAUCAGGCAGUUUCCCUGAAGGGAUUGAAAGCUGCAGGAGCCAAAUUGGGGCAGGAUGUGCUGGAAUGCAGCGCAGCAGAAGUUGUUGUGGUCAAUCAUGAUACAGGGUUGCCUUCACAUUGUGCAAAAUUCUUAUAAUUCUUUGGAAAGGGCUAAUCAAAUAAGGCUGCUAAGAUGAUCAUGACCAUUCUUUUUUGGUCUGUGAUGAACAUUGUUUCUUUGUAAUAUUCUUCUUUAGUGGAAGGAUGGUUCAGUGGAAUGCAGGAAGAACACGGGUGGGGAGAAGAAUGGGAUGGUAUACCAAAAAAAAGUUCAUUCUAAUCAAUUUCGUUCCCCAAAAUCCAAAACGGAUGAAGGAGGGAAUAACUGACUGAAUUAAUAGGAAUUCUGAACUUGCAGUGAAAAGCCAAAAUGGGCAUCACAUUGCAUGCAUUUUUUUCCCCUAUAAUUUUUAAUCUGUUGUAUUUCAAAUGUUAUGUUGUUAAUGGAGAAAAUAAAUUUACUGCUACCUCUGUCUCAAGAUGAUUACUCUACUUAUUAACACAGUAAAUAAAAUAAUCAAUUUUGAGACGAAUGGAAUGCCCAAUCAAAAUGUAUUAUUUGUAAACCCAUAUGAUGUUGAGAUCAAGUUUCUAGUCCCCAAAAUUUAGGCAUUGUACAUACAAGAUGGUGCAAAUUUGUAGCAUUAGUUUAAAAGAUUACUCAAAUUUUGUAGCACUUGUAUUGUAAUAUGACAUGAACACCACUAGUAUUUGUUUUGUAGGUCACAUUGACUAAACCUGAUAGGAAAAGCUAAAACACGUUAAACUGGGUUGUAAAGGUUCUAAAAUUAAAUUUGAAAAUCAUCCUCAUUCAAUAGCAAGAAAAUUUAUGCAAUAUAAGAUGAUAUAAAAGUCCCGAAAUUCGCAAAACAACGAGUUGUUCUCACCGUUGAUGUUCGACAGCUGCAACGAUGGACAUUUGAUUCAAUGAAAUGGACAAACAAGUGGCCGAUUCUAAAACCAAAACUCGCAUUCCAACACUAGUAUAUAAGGUUAGAGUCCAUUAAAAAAUAUAAUUCACUCCCAUUAGUAAAACUAGAAUUCUAACUCAUAAACAGGUAAAUCAUAGUCGGACUUGAGACCCAAAAUGGCAGCUAAAUCAUUCGUGUUUGACCACAAUUACAUUUCAGCAUUUUGUUACUGCCUUUUCUGCUACGUACCUCCCAAUCAAAUGUUCUUAGAGACUCAACAUUUUUUGUCUCUUGGUCCUGUUAUGUAUCAACUAGAAAAAAUGAGUCGGCUAUAAAAGCACAACUGCAAAAAUAUUAAUAUAUAUAUAUAUAAUUAUAAUUUAGGAGGAGUUUUAUAUUUUUAUGUGUGUCAAGCUAAUCAAAUUACGUCAAGUGCUGGUGGAUAAAAUUCCGUCAAGAAUUAAAUGUUGAAUCACGAGACAUUUCUCGUAUGCGGGCGAGUUGUACUGGUAAAUUCUGACCUACUCUCAUUACAAACUUAUUGGGCCUCAAUAUUUGUGAUACCUAAAUCCACUAUGGUGCAAGUAAUUAGAGUUUGUAGAAAAUUUUUGUGGGGUAAGAAAGAGAAUGGGAGGGCGUUUGCCUUAGUAGCAUUGGAUGACAUAUGUAAACUAAAGAAACUGGGGGGUUUGAACAUAAAGGAGCCACUAAUUUGGAAUAAAGCUGCCCUAUGAAAGCAGGUUUGGGGCUGAGCAACCAAGAAGGAUAAUUUGUGGGUUAAAUGGUGCCAUGAAUACUACCUUAAAGGUGAAUCUUUCUGGGAUUAUCAGGUUUCUAACAAUGACUGUUGGUAUUGGAAAAAGUUAGCGAAAAUCAGAGAUGAUAUGAGUCAUGGUGUACAGGAUGGUGUACAGGAUGGAAGAUGGUUAGCUCAUAAGAAUGGUACUUAAACCAUUAGUUCUGGUUAUGCAUGGUUGAGAGGGGAGGGCCAAGCAUUCCCUGCUGCAGAAUUUGUGUGGAGCAAGUAUAACAUGCCAAAGCAUAGGUUGCAGAAAAUGGGGGUAAUACAACAACCAGCUGUCUGCAAGCUAUGUGAAGUUGCUGAUGAAACUCUGGAACAUAUGUACUUUCAGUGUUUGUUAUCGCAGCAGGUUUUGAAAAUGCUGAACGACUGGUUGCAUUGCAGCAGCAUUCCAGAGAGGAUAGCACUGUGGGAGACAAAAUUGAAGAAAAUUUGGUACCAGAGUAAAUGUAAGAAAAAGAAUAAUGUAUGGAACCAUGGCAGCUGUGGUCUAUCAGCUUUGGAGACAGAGAGAUGCUGUGGUGCAUGGAGCCACACGUGAAAAGGCAGAAGUGCUGGCAGCAAGGAUCAUAGUUUGUAGAGUUCAAAUAUGUUGUAAAAGGUAUAGAGUUGGUGAGAUGAAAUACAUGGAGGAUUUAGGUA